AUGACAUGGCACAAGGAUAAAAGAGUUGAUGAUGGAAUAAUGAGACAUUCGGCUGAUUCAAUGGCAUGGGAGUCAUUUGAUGAAAUUCAUCCUUCUUUUGUGGCUGAGCCUCGUAAUGUUCGACUUGGACUUGCUAGUGAUGGAUUUCAACCAUUUCAGAAUUCAAAAACCUCACAUAGCAUUUGGCACGUGGUUCUUAUUCCUUAUAAUUUACCACCUUGGUUGUGUAUGAAGCAAAAAAAUUUUAUUUUGUCUAUGCUUAUUCCAGGUCCAAAUGGUCCAGGAGAUGCAAUUGAUAUAUAUCUUCAGCCUUUAAUCGAGGAAUUGAAGGAAUUAUGGGAAGUUGGUAUUGAGACCUAUGAUGCAUCUACUAAGACAAAUUUUAAAUUACAUGCUUCUUUAUUGUGGACAAUCAAUGACUUUCCAGCAUAUGGAAAUUUAUCUGGAUGGAGUACAAAAGGAAAAAUGGCAUGCCCAUGUUGCAAUAAAGACACUUCCUCAAUUCGAUUGACGAAUGGUAAGAAGCAGUGUUUUAUGGGUCAUCGGCGUUAUCUUUCUCGGAAUCACAAAUGGAGAAAUGAUAAGGACUCAUUUGAUGGUACAAUUGAGAAAAGGCCCCCACAAAAAAUGUGUUCAGGUAUUGAGAUACCUAAUCAGGUACAAGAUCUUGAAGGGAUACAAUUAUCAAAGGAUCCUAAGAAAAGAAAGAAGAUAUCACAUGAAAAUCGAAAGGAUAAUUGGAACAAGAAAAGUAUCUUUUUUGAACUUCCAUAUUGGAAGUGUCUCUUGUUGCGACAUAAUUUGGAUGUUAUGCAUAUUGAAAAAAAUAUAUGUGAUAAUAUCAUGGGGACAAUCAUGAAUGUCAAAGGAAAGACCAAGGACACAAUUAAAACUCGACUAGAUUUGCAAGAGAUGAACAUUAGGCCGAAAUUGCACCCCAUCCAAAAGGGGGAGAAGAUUGAAGUUCCAACAGCAUGCUACACAUUGUCUCCAGAAGAUAAGCACAAAUUAUGCCUUUUCUUAAAGAAUCUAAAGGUUCCUGAUGGUUUUUCAUCUAAUAUUUCUCAAUGUGUGAACUUGAAAGAUCACAAGAUAUCUGGAUUGAAAAGUCAUGAUUGUCAUGUUCUCUUGCAACAUCUACUCCCUCUUGCACUUCGUGGUAUGUUGUCAAAAGAAGUGUGUGAACCACUUAUUGAAUUAUCUAUAUUUUUUAGUGUGCUUGGAUCAAAGGAGUUGAGAAUUGAUAACUUGGAACAUAUUGAAGCGCAAAUACCCAUAACACUUUGCAACUUAGAAAAGGUCUUCCCUCCUUCAUUUUUUGAUGUCAUGGUGCACUUACCUGUUCAUUUAGCUACUGAAGCUAAGAUUGCUGGACCAAUUCAAUAUCGGUGGAUGUAUCCUGUGGAACGUUGGUUAUUUUUUUUGAAAUCUCUCAUUGGUAAUAGAGCAUGUCCAGAAGGUUGUAUUGCAGAGGGAUACAUUGCAAAUGAAUGUAUGACACUAUGUUCAAGGUAUCUGCAUAAAGUUGACACAAGAUUCAAUCGGCCUGAUCGAAAUUAUGAUGGCGGUUUAAAACAAUCGAAUGGAGGUUUAUCUAUCUUUAAUCAACUUGGAAGAACUUUGGGAGCUAAAGAUCCAUGUGAGCUUGAAGCGGAUGAAUUAGAACAAGCACACAUAUACAUACUGAAGAAUUGUGAUGAAGUCUUACCAUAUCUCAAGAUUGAAGAGUUCUUUCAUAUCAUCUCAUUAUUAUUUCUUUUAGGUUAA